AUGUCUACUGAAAUCAAGAACGUCAUGGUCCUCGGAGGUCGCGGAAAUCUCGGGCCAUAUCUCAUUAGAGCACUUGUCAAAGCAGGCUUCAGCGUUUCUGUCCUCAGCCGCACUUCAUCCAACGUCACAGACUCAAUGUUCUUGGAUGCUGCAGUUGUCAAGUCCGACUACACUUUCCCGUCUCUUGUUGACGUCUUUACGGGACAAGAUGCUGUUAUCUCUACCCUUUCGACCGCCAAUAUCGCAGAGCAAAAGAUCGUCAUUGACGCUGUUGCAGCUGCAAAGGUCAAGCGAUUCAUGCCAAGCGAGUUUGGGAGCGAUACAUCCGUCGAUGGUCUGGAAAAGAUGGCGCCUUUCCUUAAGGGGAAACAAGACGUUAUGGACUACGUUAAGUCUAAAGAAGCAGACGGGCUGUCUUGGACAGCGAUUUUCACUGGUCCUUGGAUUGACUGGAUGCUGGUCGAAGGUAAAGGACUACUUUGCUUAGACGUCAAGACCAAAACUGGUGAGCUUGUCGACUCAGGCGAACCAAAGUUCACCACUACGACCGCGUCACAGGUCGGCCAAGCUACAGCUGCUGCACUCCUCCGUUCAGAUAAAACCAAGAAUGAGUAUGUUCAUGUCGCAUCCUAUAAUACUUCUCAGAACCAAGUCAUCGAGGCUCUCGAGAGAAUGUCAGGCACUAAGUUCCAACUCGAGAACUUGGACAACAAGGACUUGUACGCUCGCGCAACAAAGCAUAUCGAGGAAGGCAAUUGGGGCAGAGGGUACUAUGAGCUGGCUACAGCAACUGUCUACAGCGAUGCGCCUGUUACAUAUUUCCCUGACAAAGCGGCUCAUUGGAUGAAAGUGCUUGGUCUGGCUCAGGACGAGACCUUUGAUGAAAUGAUCUCCCGUGUUUUAAAGACUGUUUGA